ACUCUCGUAUAGAGACCGUUAGCUGCGGCAUUGUCGCGCGGGAACAUUCAAGAUUCACGGGGGACGUCCUGGCCUGCGAUACCAUACGAACAUGAUACUCAUAAUUCUGUUAACCACGUUUCUCGGCCGAACGAUCUCAACGCCGAUCGCAAACGUUUGGCUAAGCCCUGUAGGAUCGCUGACGCCAUUGAGACAAUACCAUAUACAGGACGGAUCAGGGGGAUAUCAUUAUUCGUUCACGGGGCCCCAUCACGCGAAAUCGGAAUCCAGUUCGAACGGAAUCACGCAGGGUGGAUAUUCCUACGUGGAUGCAAAUGGAAUUUUGCAAACGGUGACUUACACGGCAGACGAUCAGAAUGGAUUCAGAGUGCGGGCCAGCAACUUGCCGCAGCCACCUAAGAACGAUCUUCAGACGAUACAAGACACACCGGAAGUGGCCGCGGGGAAGAAAAAUCACUUGGAGGAGUUGCAGAAGUCGCAGUUGGGGGAUCCAUCGAGUUAUCAAUCGAACAUUCUCUCUUACAAAAUUCUCCCUUCUUACUUCAGCUUUGCGCAAUUGACGAAGGACGAGGAGAAGAAUUUGGCUGCUGAAGAAAUCGCGCAAACCACGAAGAAUCCGUUCCUCCUCUCGAGAACGGAGGCAGAAGGGAUCGAGGUGCCGAAACCGGACCCCAGCCUCACCAAGAUAUCGCAACCCCUUGCAACAAUCUCCACCUCAUCCUCGUCUCGAGCUGGCCAACAGAAGGAGCAAGGAAACCCCUUGCAGCUCGGCAAACUCGUGCCCCUGGACACGAUUCAAAGGCCCGUGACCUUGCCAGCCCCCUACGUAGUUCCAGUUUUGCCGUUGCACAGGCUGUUGCACAGCUCCCUUCACCACACUCAAGACUCGUUGGGCCGAUACGACUACACUUACACGGGGGACUCGAGCGCGAAAACCGAGUCCAGAUCGUUGGACGGGACGACAAGGGGCGCUUACAGCUAUAUCGAUCCGAAUGGGGUUUUACAACAGGUCCAUUACGUGGCCGAUCAUAAUGGAUUCAGGGUCAUGGCCACCAAUCUGCCGGAAGCCAAGUAAUAAAUCAAUGGGGAAAUUUGAUUUGAUUUGAUCGUCGACAGAGGUCGCUUUUUAUUCUGAGGGGAUAUUUUAUUCUCUUCUUACUUUUUUUUUCUUCUUCUUCUUCUU